AUGCUACAGCUGAUGUUACACUGCACAGGGGCACUGGUGGUACUGGAAGACGGGUGCGAGGCGGGCUGCAGGUGUAAGGCAGACGGCAUGCUUCGGACCGCCGACUGCUCGGACCUGGGGCUCACCGAAACUCCGUCCAACAUCAACGUUUUGACGACGUAUUUAGAUCUAAGCACGAACGACUUCUCCAGGCUGCCCGCCGGCUCCUUCUCCAGGUUCCAGGCCCUGCGAGAGCUCCGGCUAGCAGGAAAUCAAUUAAAUACCCUCCACAAAGACUCGUUCGCAGGACUUGUUCAUCUGCAAGCGCUAACGCUGCAGAACAACCAUCUAAGCCAAAUCCCUACUGAGUCUCUGAAGAACCUCAGGAAUCUACGGUCUCUGCAUCUGGACGCCAACGCCCUGUCCACAGUGCCCAGAGGGAGCUUCAAGGGGCUGAGGGCCCUGCGCUUCCUGUGGAUGGACGAUAACGGGCUCCCCCAGGUGCCGGUGGCCGCUCUGGCCAGCUUGCCAGCUCUCCAGGCACUCAGCCUGGCCCUCAACCACAUCUCCCACCUCCCGGACCUGGCCUUCCACACCAUGAGGCACCUGCUGGUCCUCCAUCUUCACAACAAUCAGAUCGGCUCGUUAGCAGAGAAAUGCUUCGAGGGCCUGCCCGACCUCGAGACACUUGACAUGAGCUCCAACACACUGGACAGCUUCCCUACCGUCAUCAGGGCUCUGCCCAGCCUUCGUGAUCUAAAUCUCCAUAACAACCAUAUUAAAACCAUCCCAGAUCGUGCCUUCAUUGGAAACCCUUCCCUGGAGACAUUAAACCUUCAUCUCAACCCAGUUCAGUCGAUAGGAGAAAACAGCUUCCAAAGACUUCCUCGGCUUCUCAAACUAUCUUUGAGCGGAACCUCUUCGAUCACGAGGUUCCCCGACCUCACUGGUACCAGCAGUGUGAAGUCCCUCUCCAUCUCAGGAACACACAUAGCAGAGCUCCCCAGCAGCCUGUGUGAAGACCUGCCCCUGCUGAGGCAGCUGGAUCUGUCUCACAACCGCAUCCUGUCCUUGCCCUGCUUCACCGACUGUAGGAAUAUGCAGAAAAUUGACCUCUCCUUCAACCCGCUCUCCCACCUCCCCCGGGGGGAGGAGCUAUCAGGCCUCACCCGUCUCUUGGCCGGGGCCCAGGGGCGGAAGGACCCUCUGCCCCCCCACCUCCUCCCCAGGUUCAGGUACUGCCGGCCGGGAGACCGUCUGUGA